AUGACUGUCUCUGUCCAGCACUUCAGAGUUCAGCACCGCGGGCGGAGGAACAGCUCCCGAACAAAACCACAUCAAACCACCGCAAAACCGCUUCACCCCCAGCUCAUCCACAUCCACACGAACAACCGACUGCCGUGGCCAUGUACGAUGGGGCGAGGAUUCCCUCCCCUGAGGAAGGUGCGAACGGGGUCACCCUGCAGCCGGAGACCCCCGCGAAGGAGCCCGAGGAGGAGGCGGGCGAUCAGCCAAAGCCUGUCCUGGUGAAGAAGGCUCACCGUGAGAUCCUGGACCAUGAGAGGAAGAGAAGAGUGGAGCUGAAAUGCAUGGAGCUACAGGAGAUGAUGGAGGAGCAGGGGUAUUCUGAGGAGGAGAUCAAACAGAAGGUGGGGACGUUUCGGCAGAUGCUGAUGGACAAGGAAGGCGUGAUAAUGAGAGAGGGCUCGAACCCACGACCACCGGUCAGAAUGCUUUCUCACGAGGAUGAAGAUCAUGUGGAAAGCACAGAGUACGCUGACGGCUAUGAGGAAGAUUACGACUUGGGCGGAGAAUAUCAUGAACAUAAUUCAGCUGCUUAUGACGACUGCAGAUCCAAGAGAAAAUCCAGCAGUUCUCGCUCCCCUCGCCCAAAGAAGAGGAAGAAAAAGAAGACAAGAAAACACAGUCGAGCCGAGAGUUCAACAUCCCCCCGCAGAGACAAGAAGAAGAAAAACAGCAAGAAACACAAACGAGACAGGUCCACAUCCGGCUCCAGGAGAAAGAGGACACACAGCCCCAAAAACAAACACAAAGAGAAGAACAAACAGAAGAAAAGGUCCUCGCUGGGGUCUCCCGGCAGGGUGGAUCAGCACAGAGGAAGCUGCUGCAGUUCUCGCAGUGGUUCGGUCUCGUCCACAGCCAGUGUCUCCAAAUCACCCAGCAGAUCAGAUGCGAAGUGCAAGAAUGACAGACUCAAACAGGAAGGAUAUCACAGCCCGCCUUCCUCUCCAAAGACCGACCAGCCAAUCACGUGGCAGAAUGGCAACCACGGCGCCCGUGUCCGCAACGGAAAAGACUCCGAGGGGACCAAAGCCAACGAUAAACCUCGAGCGCUGGUCCCGUCGCCCUCCGGCUCGCAGGCGUUCGCGUCGCCUCAUCUGAGAGGUGCUAAACAGCACGCCGCCCUUCCCAAGAGUCCCGUGGCUGAAGACGCCUGCGGAGACGCCAAACCGCUGUCCGAGUCGUCAGGGAGACGCAGCGGGCGGCCGAGGGUUCGAGAGAAGACGACUCACUCGCCGAUGCGCAGCAGCGACUCGCACACGAAAACCAAGAGUCAGAAAAAGAAAGAAUCUCACUCAUCUAAGCGGCACCAUCGAGGCCGAGGUCACAACCGUCACCGGAGUUCCUCCAUGUCUCCGGGUCGACACAAGCACACGUCCAGAAAGAAAAAGAGCAGAAGUCAUCGCAGCAGUUCCUGGAGCAGCGGAAGAUCGUCCUCGCGAGCUUAUUCUAGGGAACGUGACCCCAGCAAGAGCAAAUCGCCACACGUGCGGCAGAACAACUCCAGAGAGCGAGACAGCCCUCAUCAUUCGGAUGCAGAGAGAAGUCGCCGGCGAUCCCGCAGUUACUCUCCCAUCCGGAAGAGACGGAGAGACUCGCCCAGCUUCAUGGAGGCUCGCAGAAUCACCAGUGCACGGAAGCGGCCCAUCCCAUACUACCGGCCGAGCCCGUCCUCCUCCAGUUCCUCGAGCAGCUGCAGCAGUUCCAGUCGCAGCCGGAGUCGCAGUUACUGCAGCUACAGCAGUUACAGCAGCCACAGUCGCAGCAGGAGUUCCUGCAGCCAAAGCAGCUAUGAGAGUCCUGGAUUCUGAUCGACGGCAAACGUCUCGCAGGAUCUCCACGUUUCCUUCGACCGCUGGAUCUGUCCUGAAGAAAAGCUAGUCCAGAUGGAACGACUGUACCUGCCUGUAAAACGUUUGCAGGUUGGAAACCUCUUUGUUCGAACACUGCAGAUUUUUGUUGGCAUAUCGCACCUGAAAAUCUGAUCUGAAAACAAUUUAGCACGGUGUGAACAAAGCCUGAGAAACCACUUUUCUGCAAAAUAUUUAGCGUCUCGUAUACAUGCACAGGUUUAUAUUGAUUCAAAAUUCACACGUCACAUAAUGUCCAGCAUGAGCUGAAGUUUCCAUCUCCAGUUCCAGAAACACACACUGAUGCAAACAGAUCCGACGUCUAUAUUGACAGACUUGAAAGCCUGAAGAACAAAGGCGAAAGAAGCACUUUUUCUGAAAAUCUUCCACAAUACAAAAAUAACCAAAAAGCUGAUUUAACAUGAGAGUUAUGAAGCAAUGUAUGAGGGAUAAGUACAAAAUCCUGAUCUGAAGAGUCAGACUCAAUAAGAACAAAAUAUUACAUAUGACAGUGGUUCAUUAUUAAGAAAAUAAAAAACCCCUCAUGUUUCAUCUUGAAAUCAACAGAAAACAAUGACAUUAUGCAUAGAGACAAUGAAGACUUAAGAUUUUUUUUGGACCGUGACAUUAUUUUCUUGACAGUAUUUUCUAGUUACAUUAUUCUUGACAGGGAAAAUAUAAUGUCACGCUCUAAAAGGUCUCACAAAUCUGCUUCAUUUUCUUUCUGCAAAAUAUGAUUUCCUAAUUUUAUCUUUUGAUUUUUCAUGUACUCUGUAGUUUUUUUAAUUGAUCUGCCUUUUUCUUAAAACGUUGUAUUAUAAAAACUGUAUGUUGGGUUUUAGUUUGAAUAUUUACGCUGCAAGUUUUGGCUGUAAACUAUGCACUGUAUAUUCCACGUUAUGUACCGGAUUACACGAGGCUUUUGUAUGUGAAACCUUGGCAUGAUGCAGCGGAGAGGCUUCCCGUCAAACGUCAACUGUACUUACCUUUCCUUUACUUUUGGAUCUUUUGGAAAAAUCCACAUCUGAUGCACCUAUAAUGCGAGUCCUUUUUGGAGAUGUGAUAUUUCUUAUGAUAUACAGUAUUCCACUUAUAUUUUGGCUGUGUGUAGUUAAAUACUGAUAGAGCUGUGUCAUAUAGCCACCUACCGUAUGUACAGAGAUCUCUGUUGUUUUUAAAUUCUUGUUUCUAGUGUAGGCGCACUUACCCUGAAACCAGACUGCAAAAAUACACACGCACAUGAUCUUUUCAGUGUAUUUAUGAACUGUAUUUUAUUUAUUCUCUGAUUUAAACGUUGCUAUUUAUUUAAUGCGAUUGCUAUUUAUUUAAUGUCCAUUGCAUAUUUAUUUCAUUACCUUUUAAAAACAGACAAAUAGUAACAAAAUACAUUUUCUGUGCAUGUACGGCAAAAUAUGACACUUGUGGUACAAUUCUAGGCACAUUUUAUUGUUUAUGGAAGGCUUUUGCAACUUUUAAAGUCUGUGUGAAAUCUAAAUUGACCCUAUAUAUUUUUCUGACCUUGUUGUAAACAAUUUAUCAUUGCAUGUGAUUGCAAUUUUUAAAAAAAAGUCUAAUCUUCCAUAAGAAUGUAAUACUUGUUCUGCCUGUAAAGUCACGUGGCCCUGUUACUUUAACACUCCACGACUCCAUUCUGACAUAUGAUGGAUAAAACCAAGAAAUACAGCUUCACAAGUCAAAUGGCUUGCUGAAACAUUUCACGUUGACUGUAAAUGCAAAACCAAAAUGAAUUAUGAAAAAAAAUGUUGUUUUACAGAUUUUUAUGCAGGUUGUUACUGUACCUUGUUUUACGGGUUUGCAUUUCGUGCAAAUAUUCAUCUUAAUUUAUUCUAUUAUUUAUUCUCCCGUUCCUUUGUCCUGUGGAAACUGAGUGGACGAUCAGUUAUUUUUACUCAUGUUUUCCCGUGAGUUUUGGCAAGAGCUUUUUAAAGGAACUGAGUGCAGGCGCAGCGUUUACUCAUGCGGCUUCUACAGCUGAACUUUGACCUUGUGAUGCGGGAAAUAGCGUCCGUCUUCCGUGUCGAGCGUCUCUCCUCAGUGUUAUACGAUGUUCCUUUAAUAACGGCUGGAUUGUAAAAAAGUCCGUAGAUUUAGUGUAUGACUCAUAUUUAAACACAUAAUAAAACUAUCACAAACGGAGAGACGUUGUCCUGUUUUUC